UCUUGAGCAUUGUGGUCGACUAUGAGGGUUACCACUCCCCAGCCUGACCACUAGCCAAGCCAUUAAUUAGGAGCAGGAGAUCGAGAUGGAGGCCAUUGCGUUUGGUGCCUUCUUCAAUACCAUCUUGCCCAAGCUUCUGCAAAAGAUUAAAGACUCGAAGCGAGACAAGAUUUCCAUCAAUGCUAACAUUCAGGAUUUCACGAUUGAGGCUGAAGCGGUGCAAUCCCAACUUGAAGAUGGCUACUCCCAGUCCCAAUAUGAAGGUGCCCACAAAGCAAAGCUGAUGGGGAUCGACCGGCGACUCAAAGUCUUGUGUCAAGAUGCGCAUGACUGCAUACACCGGUUCCUGCGAAAGGGAUCGCCUCUGGAGAGCUGCGCGGAGUUUGCGGCCAAGAUCCAAGGAUUCAACGACAAUGUCCACAAGCUGCACGAUGAAGUCCGAGACCGCAUCGCUUCAUUAAAACAAGGGUCUGCCUCUGCCUCAGGUCAACCUUCUGCUCGCUAUGUUACCCCCGACAAGGUCGUGGGCAGGCUUGAACGCCUCGCUGAGCUGCAGGAGCUUGUGCACCUACCAGGCAGGGAAUCCAACGAGAAGGCGCCCAAGGUGAUAUCCAUCGUUGGCUUCGCUGGCGUAGGCAAGACUCUUCUUGCCAAUGAAUUCUAUUCCAGUGAAGAGGGCAAGAAAUUCCAUCAUCGGGCAUGGGUUACUGCAGCAGGCACUCACGAGGAGGUUGUCAAGAACAUACUCAUGGAAAUUGACCCUAAAGGCAACCAUGCUAAGGAUGCCCUGGACCUCCAGCGCCUCUGCCACAGCCUGCAGGAUUUUCUGAGGGGCAAAGAGUACUUAAUUGUAAUUGAUGACAUGAAGAGAGGGGAGUUGUGGAACAAAAUAAAAUAUGUCUUUGAGAAUGUGAAAGGCACGGUGUUUGUGACGACUAACAUUCAGGAAGUAGCUAAUAAUUGCAGCCAAUGCAUUAACGGUUAUGUGUACAAGCUGUCACCCCUUGAUGGGAAUGAGUCUGUAAACCUGUUCAAGAAAGAAUGUUUCUCUGGGGACCCUGAUUAUGCAGCAGAUGUUUUGAAGAAAUGCGAUGGUCUACCACUUGCUAUAGUCAACAUGGCCAAUUAUUUGCAGAGUGAGGGAGGGUGGACAAGCGAGGGAUGUAAAGCUGCUUGCAGGGAACUUGGUGCCCUACUGGUGCAAGAGGAUAAGUGCAAGUUGCCAGGAAUGCAAUGGGUCCUUAUGAAUAAAUAUACCGGUCUGCCUGGUUAUGCUAUCAGAUCCUGCUUGCUAUAUUUUUGCAUGUACAAGAAAAACAUUGCUGCACUCCCCAAGAGGAAUUCUCUGAUAAGGCGAUGGCAAGCUGAAGGAUUUGUUGAUGGAAAAACUGGAUGCAAAUAUUUGAAGACUCUCAUCAACCACAACAUCAUCCAGUCCAUGGAAGUAAACACAAACGGAACCACGAAGAGAUGCCGACCUCCUGGAAUGAUGGCCGAGUACAUAUCCCAGAUUUCCAUGUCUGAGAAUUUCGCUGCUUUGGUGUCUGAUCUAGUAGAGACGCGGAACAAUCGCAUCCGCCGGCUUUAUUUCGACGCUAACAGUGCUGAAGACGAGAGAAUAACUUCGGGCAUGGAUUUGAGUAUAGUCCUGACUCUGGUAAUUUCAGGAAUUGGAUCCGAAGCUAUUUUGAAUUUUGAAAAGUAUGAGCUAUUGGCAGUUUUGGAUCUGAAAGAAUGUACAAAUCUGGAUGAUAAUCAUGUCAAAUAUAUAUGCAAGCUGCUGUUGCUGAAAUAUUUGAACCUCGGGAAGACUAUAGGGAAGAUACCAAGGGACAUUGGGCAGUUGAAGCUAUUAGAGACGCUCGAGAUGAGGACAACAGAAACAGUGCAGGUGUAUAGAGAAGUCCUCCAGCUACCCAACUUGAAACACCUCAUUGGAAAGUUUGAGCUCAUCUACAAGCGACCGAUUGAGGUCGAAAUUUCCAAGGAUGAGCGCCUGAAGAAAUUCUUGUCAAAUAAGAGUGUCCUAGAGACGGUUACAGCAUACGUCAGCCAAACUGCCAAAGGAUUUCCGGAGGCAAUGCUUCAUAUGAGUCAGUUGAGGAAGGUAAAAAUAUUUUGCACCGACAGAGCAGAUGUCACGGAGAAGGAAGUUCUUACAACCGCAAUCAAGAAAUUCAUUCAUGGAGGCACCGAUAAUGUUAAUGGUGGCCAGAGUCAUUCCCUAUCGAUAGACUUUCAUAAAUGCACGUCCAUCAUUCAGGAAAUUCUAGCAGGUCCUGGUAGUCUUACUUCGCUCAAAUUGCGCGGCGACUGGAGACCAUUUCUGGGUGCCAAUCCAGAUUUUACAAAGAUAUCUGGUAUUACGAAGCUGUGUCUUUCAAGCACUUACCUGAGCGGAAAUGAAGCCCUUGCCGGUCUGACCGAUUUGAUUGCACUGGAAUAUCUCAAGCUGUAUGAACAAGACCUGGGGUCGCUCACGAUACAACCAGGAACUUUCCAAAGGCUGACUGGGUUAUGCCUCGUGGGCGACAAAAGCCUUUACCGCAUAACAAUCCAACCUGGAGCUCUGCCUCGUCUGGUCUCACUCCAUCUGAUCUGUGAAGUUAUAGAUAAGAGAGUCCAGCUUUUGAACGGAAGCCUCCAACGUCUACGGGAAAUAGCCCUCCACUCUGGAGUCACACCAGAAAUAAAAGAAGCCUGGAAAAAAGCUGCAAAGGUCCAUCCUAACAGGCCCGAUGUUUUCUUCAUUCAAAAGGCAUAAUCAUGUGCAAAGCAUUGCAAUCAUCACAGCGGAGCCACUUCUUGCUUGCUGCACGGAUCACGGCAGCAUUGAUGGAGUCUUCAGUUUGGAUAUACGUGCGGCCCCUCCAGUCAUGUGUGCUUGCUUGUUGUCUUUUAUCAUCAAGUUUACCUUUCACAAACUACUCAAGUGAUAGUUGUUGCUGUUGUCGUUCCUUCUCUUUGAGAAACAUAUGAUGGCUAGUGGUGUAUCUUUACUAUAUUGUGGAAUAAUGCUUCCUAGUGUUGUAUAAUUUAUUACAUUGUGGAACAAUGAUUGCAUUUGUGCUUCCUAGUGCUGGUGUAUCUUUAUUAUGUUGUAGAAAAAUGCUUGCUAUUGUUGUACUUUAUUAUAUGGAAAUGUUGAGUAAAUUAGCAAUUUCUUGAUUAA